AUGGAAAUCAGCCAUCUUGCCUAUGCCGACGAAAUCAUCAUCUUUACACAAGCGGCCGCGGAACCUCUUCGUCGAUUGAGAGCUUGUCUUGAUGAGUAUGCAGAUGUGUCGGGGCAACAAAUCAACCUGGCAAAAAGCAACUUCUACAUCGCUGAAGCACACGAGGAAUGGUCUACCUCGAUCCAAAAUGAAGGUGGCUUCUCACGUGGUACGUUCCCCUUCAUUUACCUUGUGAUCCCAAUAUACCGUGGCUCCAAACGCACGGAUAUGUUUAUGUUUCUGCGCGAAAAGCUCUCCAAAAGGAUCUCCGGGUGGGCACAUCGGCACCUCUCUUUUGGAGGUCGCUUAACGCUUAUUAAAAGUACCCUAGAGGCAAUUCCGAUCCACAUCUUCCAAGCCAUUGAACCAACAGCGGGAGCUUUACAACAACUAGAUCAAUAA